AUGGAUAAUGGGAUACUCCAAGUGACAUUGUCGAAUCCUGAGGGAAUUGUAACUGGAGUUCGUUACGGCAACAUCGACAACUUGCUUGAAGUUAUUAAUGAUGAAUCUAAUAGAGGGUACUGGGACCUUGUUUGGAGUGCGCUAGGAAGUACAGGAACAACUGGAAUAUUCGAUGUGAUUAAAGGAACAAGUUUUAACGUUAUAGUGGAAAAUGAUGAGCAAGUAGAAAUAUCAUUCACAAGAACGUGGGAUACAUCUCAGGAGGGCAAGCUCGUUCCUUUAAACAUAGACAAAAGGUUCGUACUGCUUCGUGGUUGCUCAGGCUUCUACUCAUAUGCCAUUUAUGAGCACUUAGCGGAAUGGCCUGCUUUCAACCUUGCCGAAACAAGAAUCGCCUUCAAGCUCAGAAAGGACAAGUUUCACUACAUGGCCAUAGCAGACAACAGGCAAAGAAAUAUGCCAUUGCCUGAUGACAGGUUGCCACCAAGAGGCCAAGCCUUGGCUUAUCCUGAAGCUGUCCUUCUUGUUAAUCCAGUGGAGCCCGAUCUCAAAGGAGAAGUGGAUGAUAAAUACCAAUACUCGUGUGAGAACAAAGACAUUAGAGUACAUGGGUGGAUUUGUAGAGACGAGUCGGUUGGUUUCUGGCUAAUUACACCCUCUGAUGAAUUUAAAUCUGGUGGACCUCAGAAACAGAACCUCACUUCCCAUGUGGGCCCCACCACUCUUGCUGUAUAUCUCAGCGCCCAUUAUUCUGGAGAAGAUCUGGUGCCCAAGUUCAAUGCUGGAGAGCACUGGAAGAAAGUUUUUGGCCCUGUGUUCAUGUAUUGUAAUUCUUUAUUUGAUGGAGCAGACCCGCUUUGGCUUUGGGACGAUGCAAAAGAGCAGAUGAUUAUUGAGGUCCAAAGUUGGCCUUACAAUUUCCCAGCUUCAGAGGAUUUCCCGAAGUCGGACCAAAGGGGUAAUGUUAGUGGUAGACUAUUAGUUCAAGACAGGUAUGUUUAUGAUGAUUACAUUUCGGCAAGUGGUGCUUUUGUUGGGUUAGCUCCACCCGGAGAUGUUGGAUCUUGGCAAAGAGAAUGCAAGGACUACCAGUUCUGGACUAGAGCAGAUGAAAAUGGCUUUUUCUCCAUUAAUAAUAUACGCGCAGGCGACUAUAACCUUUAUGCUUGGGUUCCUGGUUUCAUUGGAGAUUACAAAUACAAUGUUGUUGUUAACAUCACCUCAGGUACUCAUUUUAUGGUUGAUGUAACAUGUGGUACAGGUUGUGACAUUGACAUGGGUGUUCUUGUUUAUGAGCCUCCACGAAAUGGACCCACAUUGUGGGAAAUAGGCAUCCCUGAUCGUUCUGCUGCUGAAUUCUACGUUCCUGAUCCUAAUCCAAAGUAUAUCAAUAAACUUUAUGUCAAUCAUCCUGACAGGUUUAGGCAAUAUGGAUUAUGGGAAAGAUAUGCAGAAUUAUACCCCAAUGAAGACUUAGUUUACACUGUUGGGACGAGUGACUAUGCUAAAGAUUGGUUCUUCGCUCAGGUUACCAGGAAGAAAGAUAAUAACAAAUAUCAGGGUACGACGUGGCAAAUCAAGUUUACACUUGACGAUUUGGACCAGAGCAGUACUUAUAAAUUGAGAGUGGCAAUUGCAUCUGCAACUUUUUCUGAAUUGCAGGUUCGGGUUAAUAAUCCAAACGCAAAUCGACCUCUCUUUUCAAGUGGACUAAUAGGCCGAGACAAUUCAAUCGCAAGGCACGGAAUUCACGGGCUCUAUUGGUUGUUUAACGUAGAUGUACCAGGUGCCCGUCUUGUUGCCGGUGAUAACACUAUCUUCUUGACACAACCACGAACCACCAGCCCUUUCCAGGGGAUUAUGUAUGAUUAUAUCCGCUUUGAAGGUCCUUCAUCUUCUAUUUCUAAGAGAGAAAAACACUGAGUUUUAUUAGAAGCAGAAGUCGAUAUCCUUACAGCCUACACGUCUUUGCAAUAUAGCGAUAUGUAGAAUGUUAAAUGAUUUAUUCUAUCUUAUAAAAUCCUUUGUAUCAAAUUUGAGGAGCUGGGACUUAAGCCCUAUGUG